UUGCCCAAAAAAAAAGUUGUACAAGCAGGAAAAACACCAAACUUUUUAACCAACUCUACCCACCUAGCAAAACUCGUUCCUUGCCACCCAAAUCCUCGUCAUUUCCUCUGUCUUUCUUUCCCUUUCUGGGGAAGCAUAAUAGCAUCCCCACCACCCUUUCCAACGUUGGCGUUGACAGCCCUUUCGUCGUCUCUUCCUCACGACCAUGGGGAAGGGGCUGCCGCCACAAUCACCAUCCUCUGAUAUCGAGGCAGGAACGAACAACUACAAGCCACAUCAUAGGAGGCGACCACCUCCUCCACCAAAGUUUUCACCCCCAGCUCCGGAACCAUGGUUUGCGUGGCUCCUGCCUCUCGUAUUUGUGGCUAACAUUGUGAUGUUUGUUGUCACUAUGUACAUCAAUGAUUGUCCAGCGACAACCGGGCCAGAGAACUGUCUAUUCUAUGAUUAUCUAGGGAGGUUUUCUUUUCAGUCUUUUAAGGAUAACCCUCUUCUAGGCCCUUCAUUAAUCACGCUAAAGGAACUAGGAGCCCUUGAUUGGAAACUAGUGGUAGAGAGCAACCAAGCUUGGCGCCUUAUAUCCUGCAUAUGGCUUCAUGCUGGAGUCAUCCAUUUACUAGCUAAUAUGAUGAGCCUUUUAUUCAUAGGAAUCCGAAUGGAGCAAGAAUUUGGAUUCUUGAGAAUUGGACUCUUAUAUAUGCUUUCUGGCUUUGGUGGGAGUUUGAGGUCUGCUGUAACUCCUGGUCGGAGACAAACCAUAUCUGUCGGUGCAUCAGGUGCACUUUUCGGGCUGUUGGGAGCCAUGCUUUCAGAGCUCAUUACAAACUGGACAAACUAUACAAACAAGUGUCAAUCUCUGUCGACCAUGUUGUUGAUUAUUUCCCUGAAUCUAGCUGUCGGAUUUCUCCCUCAUGUGGACAAUUCAGCUCAUAUAGGAGGAUUUAUCUCUGGAUUUCUUGCCGGAUUUAUACUUCUAAUGCGCCCUCAGUUUGGAUAUGUAAGCCACAAGCACAUUCCACCUGGAUAUGAGAUAAAACGUAAAAUUCCAAGGCACAAAUGCUACCAGUAUCUGUUAUUGGUUAUUGCCUUAGUCCUUUUGCUUGUCGGAUAUGCAAUUGGCUUAUCUAGGCUAUUUGAAGGUCAGACUUUAUAAAAGCAAACCUCUCAAGACCAUUUUUGUAUCAGCUCAAUUGCCUCUUUUCCAGG